AUGGAAGAGGAUGCUCCAAGCAAGGAGGAAGAAUUCAGCACUGGUCCACUUUCUGUUCUUAUGAUGAGUGUGAAGAAUAACACCCAGGUGCUGAUAAACUGCAGGAACAACAAGAAGCUUCUUGGGCGUGUGAGGGCAUUUGACCGUCACUGCAACAUGGUCUUGGAAAACGUCAGGGAGAUGUGGACUGAGGUGCCGAAAACAGGGAAGGGCAAGAAGAAGGCACAGCCAGUGAACAAAGACAGGUUCAUCAGUAAAAUGUUUCUGCGUGGUGAUUCAGUCAUCAUUGUGCUCAGGAACCCUAAGUGA